AUGGCCACAGUCACCGAGGUCCUUACCCGCAAGCCGAACAACAUCGCCAUUGAAACCACACCUGACCAUCAACUCAUCGUUGUCUAUGCCACUCCGCCAGAGCCCGGACCAAAUGAGUGUCUGGUCCAUGUUCGCGCUACUGGCAUCUGCGGCUCCGAUGUGCAUUUCUGGAAAGCUGGAAAAAUAGGUACCUCAAUCAUCGACCGCAAUCUUGGGCUCGGUCACGAGAGUGCAGGCGUCGUAGUCAAGGCAGGUAGCGACGUCCAACGGCUAAAGAUCGGUGAUCGUGUAGCCAUCGAAUGCGGCAUACCCUGCUCAAAGCCAACCUGCGAAGCCUGCCGCACGGGUCGGUAUAACGGUUGCAAAAGCAUCGUCUUUUACUCCUCCCCGCCUGUGCAUGGGACUCUGCGGCGCUAUCACGCCCACGCAGAAGACUGGCUCCAUCCUUUACCGGACAGCAUUAGCUUCGAGGAAGGCGCUCUGCUUGAGCCGCUUUCUGUUGCGCUCGCCGGUAUUGAUCGUUCCGGGCUGCGCUUGGGUGACCCACUCGUCAUCUGCGGUGCUGGUCCCAUCGGCAUGGUGAGCUUGCUAGCAGCCCAUGCCGCCGGUGCGGCUCCACUCGUGAUCACGGACAUUGACGAGUAUCGGCUUGCCAUGGCGAAGUCGCUUGUGCCGCGUGUUCGCACCGUAAAGAUUGAGCCAAACCAAGGCGCCGAGGAGAACGCAGAGCGCGUCAAGCAAGCGCUGGGCCGAGAAGCGCAGCUGGUAUUGGAGUGCACGGGCGUAGAGAGCAGUGUCCAUACCGGCAUAUACGCCUGCAAGUUCGGCGGUGCUGUCUUUAUCAUUGGUGUUGGGAAGGACUUUCAACAGAUACCCUUCAUGCACGCCUCCAUCCGCGAGAUUGAUGUUCGGUUCCAGUUCCGAUAUAGAGAGACCUAUCCUAAGGCUAUCACGCUGGUAUCUGAAGGACUGAUCGAUCUCAAGCCGCUGGUGACACACCGCUUCCCGCUUGAGGAAGGCAAGGCGGCCUUUGAGGCAGCAACAACGCCGUCUGCGAAGGCCGUCAAGGUACAGCUUCUGGACGAUUGA